AUGGCUGACGGAAUGUCGUCCCACACCCAGUUCUCCUCCCCGUCCGCCGCCUCCACCUCCCCCACGAAGCUCUGCUCCAAGACUUACAAGAAAGCUUCCCAACUCUACCUUACACGACGUCUUCCGGAAUCGCUUGAUACUCUCCAACCUAUCAUUACAGUCUCGCCCUCGCAGGAUGAGCAAAUCACCAACGGCGAGCAUUCUCCCGCCGUUGCGCCGAUCGCCACUGCCCCCAGCACGUGGAGGAUUAAGGUGUGGAAUCUCUACAUCACGCUCCUGAGCGCAAUAGUAGACCUGAGUGCGGAAGAGGGAAAGAGCCAGUUCGGCCAAAAAGAGUGGAAAGGAAUUGCGACACAAGUGCGCGAAGGUGGAAUAUGGGACACUGUCGUCGAGGUCGGGUAUCAGGGCCGGGAAGGCUCCGUGGACGCAGAGGUCGUCUAUAACUUGGCAACUUUACUCUUGACCCACUCCUCCUCGCAGGCGCUCAAUCAACAGCGACUCGAAACUUACCUGUCUUCUUAUGGACAGCCCAAUCUCGACCUGACAGACCGGCUUCAAGAUGCAUCAAAUGGAUUCCAGCAUCACCGGAUCUCCGCCACGAGCGGUACUGAUACCCCGAAAGACCUGGCAGCUCGGGUGCGGAUCAUCGAGUUGUUUACUCUGCACGUUCUCCCGCGGAAUGAAGAAUGGGAAUAUGCGACGGAGUUUGUCAAUAUGAGCGAGGUUCUAGAUGAGGAACGCAAAGACCUGUUUCUUCAGACGUUGGAAAGUCUGAGGGAAGAAAAGGAACGGGGCGAGAUCCGAGCCGCAGAACUGCAGCGUCAGAAAGACGCCGAGCUGGAGCGACAACACGAGGAUCAGCGUCGGCAAGCGGAAGAGGAGGCGGCUGCUGCUGCGCGCCCGCAAGCCAACGGCCAUAAGCGCAAUACUAGUGAAGUCGACUACGGGAUUGAGAAGGGUAGCCCUCUCGCCAAACAGCAAGCCGAGUACACGGACAGCGCUCCCCCCUCGUUGUCGAAGAACACAAAGAAGCAAGUCAAGUCAGAGCCGCGAUCUAGCCAGCCUCGUGCAGUGGCAAACGCCCUUCGAAACCUUAUCAAACAUAUAAUUCAGAGCGUAUCCGCAAACCCGAUGUCAAUAGCGCGCACCCUGUUCUUCAUCAUCGGCAUUCUGAUGGCCAUGAGCCGCCAGGAUGUGCGCGAGCGAGUUCGCCGGAUCACGGGCUCUGCUUGGCAGAAGGUGAAGGGCACUGUUGGCAUGGGGGUGAAGGUCAGCUACAUCUGA